CUAACCAUAGCUAAUGCUGGAGUUGAGCAAGUUACUUUAGCCUAACUGGGUAAACAAAUAACGUUAGCAUAGCUACGAGCUAACGAGUUCGCUAACCUUAGAUGGUAAACAGUAACAACAAAAACUCUGCCGCGAGAUGCGCAACGUCCAAUUACACAUGCUAGCGGUUAUCUGUGAGUUUAGCUGGGCACAGUUUUCAAUCUUACGUGACAGCUUCUCUAUAAAAAAACGGUAGUUAGCGCACGUUAAUGUUACACGGUAACGCGUUCUAAAUCAUUUUGACAAACUGUUUGAAGCCGAAACGGACGAGCAUCUCCUCUGCUAACACGUCAAAUUGCUAUUUCUGUGACUGGAUACGUACACCGGCUUGUAACACAGUUGUCGUUAGCUUUUUUAGCUCAUUUCAUGGUGUAAUCUACCCAGAUCAUGUUGCUUGACAGCUCACUCUGGGGCCAUUGGCCUAACGGAUGCGCUAGCUACUAUUUAAACCACCCGGCUCUUCAGCAGAGGCGCUUGUCAGUCUAAAAGAAGGUAGUUUGUCUAACACUCUGAAUGAAAAGAACAACUUCCCAAGAGCUCACAAUACCAGGGGACGACAUUCGUCCCUUACAAUGGACACGCCCACGCGGAGUUCAAAGAGGAGCCGGUUGUUUCGGGAGGAAGAUGAGCAGCCACAGCACCGUCUCCCCUCUCGAUCUCCUCGGAGGAGCCAGAGGGUCAGCACCACACCUCAGAAGUUUUCUAACGUGGUGACACCAGAUAAGAAGGCAUCCCAAAAAAUAGGGCUGAGGUUGAGAAACCUCCUUAAGCUACCCAAAGCUCACAAGUGGUGUAUCUAUGAAUGGUUCUAUUCCAAUAUUGACAGACCGCUUUUUGAGGGUGACAAUGAGUUCUGCCUGUGUCUCAAGGAGUCCUUUCCCAACCUGAAAACAAGAAAGCUAACAAGGGUUGAAUGGGGAACGAUCAGGAGACUAAUGGGGAAACCUAGACGGUGUUCUUCAGCAUUUUUUGCUGAAGAGCGAACAGCCCUGAGACAGAAGAGGCAAAAAAUGCGUCUGCUGCAGCAAAGAAAACUUUCAGACGUGUCAAACUGCAAAGACCUUCCUGAUGAAAUCCCUCUACCUCUCAUCAUAGGAACUAAAGUCACUGCUCGACUUCGAGGCGUCCACGAUGGGUUGUUCACAGGACAGAUUGAUGCAGUGGACACCACCGCUGCCACUUACCGUGUCACCUUCGACCGCAGUGGCCUGGGAACACACACUGUGCCGGACUAUGAAGUUCUGAGCAAUGAACCAAACGAGACCAUGCCUAUCUCCGCCUUUGCUCAAAAGCACCGGUCAACACGCUACAUGCAAAACCUCAUGACUCCGCCUAGAGGUCCCUACCCAUCUGCUACCACUCCAGUCCUUGUGGACAAUGACCCUCUAAUUAAUCAGUCACCAUGGAGGAACAAACUACUCGGUGCUGAGGGAGAUACUCUAGGAGGGUUUCCUGUUAAAUUCCUGGUCCAAGUGACAAGGCUGUCCAAGAUUCUCAUGAUAAAGAAGGAGCACAUCAAACACCUUAAAGAAAUGAACACUGAGGCAGAGAAACUGAAAUCAUACUCGGUGCCAUUAGAGCUGGACUUCCAGAAGCGAUAUGCAGCCACAGUCCUUGAACUGGAGCAGCUGAAUAAAGAUCUGAAAAAGGUGCUUCAUGAAGUUCAACACUUCUGUUGUGAACUCGCUCCAGAUCAGGGCAUGGUUCCAGCUGACCACCCAGCAGAGCUGAGGCGGCGCUGUGAGGAAGAGGCCCAGCAGAUGGUGCAGUUGAGCGACUCCCUGAAGGAGGGACAGCAGAGCGUUACAAACCCCAGCCUCACGCACCUCAUCUCCCGCCUCACUGCUCUGCUUCUACAGAUCAAGUGUCUGGCAGAUGGAGGAGAUCUGAAUUCCUUUGAGUUCAAGUCUCUUACAGAUUCUCUUAAUGACAUCAAGGCAACAAUUGAUCCCUCCAACCUCAGUUGCUUCCAGAACAAUGUUGAGAUCCAUGUAGCACACAUCCAGAGUGGCCUUAGUCAGCUGGGCAAUCUGCAUGCAUUUGCUGCCAACAACACCAAUGCAGUCUAAGCAUCUGUCGAUCCUCAAUCCACCGCACACUCAAACAAGUGUGGUCCAACUAUUCUGCCUUUUGAGAAGGUGCUUUCAACUGUGUGGAUGUUCCGGGCCGCCUCUACACAACUUAUACGUCCCAGAGAAAUGAUUUUGUUAAGAUUCCUAAGGCUUCGUUCUAAAUGGAGGGAGAAUAUCUUAAGUAUUUUACUCACAUGUUUAUUGUAUAAAAAUGUUUGUGCACACAAUUGAACACAAAACUAAAAGACUUUUUCUUUUGAUCACAAAUCCACAAGUACAAAUUACUCAAUAACUAUUUAUUAGUUUCAUGUGCCAAACAUUAAUUUUUACAGCUUUUAUAAUCUGUAUUUAUUUAUUUUUGAAUAGGUUUGUAUGGUUCUAAAACAAUAUUUUGCUGACUCUAAAGUUUCCCCAUGUAAGUGUUGUUCUGUCAUUCCGCUGACGCACAGGGGGCUAGAAUGUUUUUUUUAAUUGCUUAUUGUAGAUAAUUGUAAAAUAUCUGAUUGUUAGUAGUGACAUCAACAUUUCUGUGUUUCAGAAAUGGCUUUUGUAAUUUUGUGUGCACUGAAAAGAGAUUUUGGUAUUUUUAUAAAGGAGAACUCUGGGGUUUGAUGCCUUUUACUCCUCGUUAGCAGUUCCACACUUGGCAUGUUCCUUGCAUCAGCCCCCACACUAAGCCUGCGUCUCAUGUACAUUUAAAUUCAACUUAACUGUUUCUUCCCCAAGAGAUUCUUCUUUUGAGUUUUGUAUAGUUGUAUAUGGGAAUGCCCCAGGGGCAGUUGUAUAUAAAUGUUUGUCUUUUUAUAUUAAACACAUUACUGCAACUCUG